AUGAAAAGCGAUCACUUGCCUAUCGAUGAGUCCAUAAGUUUGGCGAAUGAAGUGUUUGAAGACGUGAUGAAAAGCAAUGAUGUGGUCAAAGGGUUGGCCACUAUUGAGCCAUAUUGUGACCGAAUGGAGGUGCAUGCUGAACUCAUUCACUCAUACAGUCUCAUAUUGGAUUGCGUAAUACUAGCCAUCGAAACGCAUAAUAUCUAUGCACUCAUUAAGUUAGCCUAUCGUUUGCAACGGUUUGUCAAGAAAUUAAACUGUAGUAAGAUAAUAAUGAGAUCCCGUUCCCAAUGGGAAAGUGAAGCGUCGAGACUUAAUUUUGAGUCGAGUGUACGCCUGGCUAAUGGUGUAUCACAUUUGGUGAUCAGUAAUGCGCCGCCUAAAAUUUUGCGCGUAAUUAACUUUUUGGGCAUCAGAGGGGUUGAGAGCACCGGGUGGAACAACAUCAAUAAAACCGCUUUUGAAUUGCCCGGUAUAGCCAGUCAGUUGGCCAGAGUGUUUAGAUUACUUAAUGACCCACACGUGACACCAAAGCGAUUUAUAUACAUGGAACUGACCUGGUCAUAUGCACUGCAAUCUAACUGGGAUUCAUGCAUUGAAUACGCGGAAAAGUUUCGCACCGGUAGCUUAUAUACACCGGCCAUCGCUACAUACAUGGAAGCAAUAUUCAGAUAUGCAAAAAGCACCGAAAAUGAUGACCAGGAUGAAAAACAAAAGGCUACUGAACUAUUCCAUCUUGUGCCAACCCUUCGGAUCAGACAUUUGGGCAAAACUAUAACACCGGAAAAGGUGGCGGUUGUCAGGGCUCAGGAGUACGUGAAAAACGACGAGCUGUUAAUUCUUCCGGAUUUGUUUUCACUUCCAGCGCAAGCCUACUGUGAAUUGGGUUUAAUUGAGUUUGAGAUGAAAAAUAAUGACAAAGCGAUUGAGUUAUUGAACAAAUGUAUUGACGACUACACGGGAUAUCUCAACGAAAAUUAUAUACAUUUUAAGGCUUAUGCGGCGCUUAGAGAGCUGGGACUCUGUACUGCCAAACAGGGCACCGAUCAUAAUAAACUGGAGGAAUACCGUAAACAAUGGCUUAAAAAUAUAAAUAUCGACGAAAAAUGUUAUGAAAAAGUAUUGGAAACCGAAGAGGAAGUUGGGAAUUAAAACAUAAAGAUUAUUGA